AAGAAUACACGACACACCAGUCAUUGACCUCCCGAACAGUCGGUGAAAGUCGCUGGAUCUGAAAAAGCAGGCGGUGGAUUUACCUUUCCUCGCUUUAUACGGAAGUAUCCGCAUGGAUAAGGAUAUUCAAUAAGUACGACAGACUUUCAGAAAAGAAAAAAGACUGGGUCUGCUCAUCCAACUGCACUGAGCCACUUGCUUUUUCCCUCGCUCCUUCGAAGACGUCACACUUAUCGUGAUAAGUGAUUGUGAGCGGAGCAACAUGUCUCGAUUGAUCAGCCUGAGAGUAAAAAUCUAUGCUGUGCUGUUCUGUAUUACAUUUUCAAUGUUCCUGUUCACGUACACUUACCGAGACCCGCUCAGUCACUUCUCCAAGGACCGAUGCGCCUGUCUGACCUGCAUGGCGGAGCUGGAGGACAACCCGUGGUUUGGCGAGCGCUUCAAUCAGUCCAUCCACCCACUGAUGACCAGAGAGAGCAGCGUCCUCUCUGAGGAAACCUUUAAAUGGUGGCAGGGGCUGCAGCGACCACAGCCCCUGGCCAGCUACACCGGCCUGAUCGAGAGACUGUUCCAGCUCAUUCCGGACAAGGUCGUCUACAUGGACGCCGGCUCUGAUCGCUGCAGGACCUGCUCUGUGGUGGGGAACUCUGGGAACCUGAAUGGCUCCGGCUAUGGAGAACUGAUCGAUGCCGCUCAUUUCGUUAUACGAAUAAACCAGGGUCCCACCAAGGGCUUUGAGAAGGAUGUGGGCACCAGAACAACUCAUCGCGUCUUGUAUCCAGAGAGCGCCAUAAAUGUGGACAGCGACACCUGGCUGGUGCUGAUCCCUUUCAAGAACCAGGAUCUGCAGUGGAUCGUUCACAAAAUGUCUAAGAUGUCUGUGAUAAAGGCUAACAAAAAUAAGGUGUUGAUUUACAAUCCCACAUUUUUCAAAUACGUCUACGACUCUUGGCUCGAAGGUCACGGAGGAUAUCCUUCGACUGGAUUCCUCACCUUACUGAUGGCUAUCCACAUAUGUGACGAGGUCAAUCUGUUUGGUUUCGGGGCUAACCAGUACGGAAACUGGUACCACUACUGGGAUAAGACGUACAUGGCUGGAACGGCCCGACACCCAAUGAUCCAUGAUCGAGAUACUGAAUAUAAUGUCACCUUGCUGCUGGCAGAGAAGCAAGCAAUCCAAAUGUUUAAAGGCAGAUAAUAGCGAGCCAGUAUGUGCAGUGGGACGAGCACCAAAGGAACCGCAGCAGCCUUUGAAUCACUGGUUUCCCUUCACCUCACGGUGGGAGAAACAUUUCCCUGAUUUCCACAGACAUUUAUACGUCGAGUCUGUUCGUCUCUACCUUCUUCACAGACUUCACCGACUGGAAAAUCUCGACUUUCCCUCUUUUGUUUCCAGACACAGGUCUCUGACAGACUGUCAAGACAAGACAAAAGCAACACUGCCACCUCUUAUUACAUUCAAUCACAUUUUUUGGUACCAUGCCUGAGUAUAAUUGCCUUCCCUUAUAGGGACAUUUGAGAAGAAACGGAUAAUUAAGUGUUACUAAUGUAACAAAAAGAUGGAGGCAGAUUAUCUACAGUAGAAACCCCUUAAAGGGAGAAGCCGGAGACGGUACUGAAAUUCUCAAAAAAUGUAAAGUUAGCUCGUUAUGGAGAUGGGAAACCUUGCAACUUAAAUUCCCUGUUUCCACCAACGUUUGGCUGAGUUUCAUACAUCACAGAAGUAUUUGCUAAGUAUUAGCAUUUGCUUUUCCAUUGUCAAACACUGAGAUCCAGACCUACAUUAUAUUUAUAUAAAGGGAGGAGCUCGCCACACUGGAGUGCUGGAUGUCCUCCAUUGUUGCCCUUUGUUUACUGUGUCUAUUCUUCUUCUAUUGUGGCGUCUAACACUAUGCUGUAUGCUGUAUGCUAUUUACAAAGCCGAGGGAGCUGCACAGAUACACGCAAAUCAUGUAUCCGCCCACAAGCUGAACUUAACUUAUAUACUAUUUGGUGAAAUCAAGGGCUAAAGUACUGUCGAUGGCAACAUUUUAAGGGUGUGUUUUUGGUAAAGUGAGGGGGCCUUGUCCGGGGAGUAAAGCCCAUGUUGACCAGAGAGGCACAGAGUCCCAUUCUGAACGCACAAACCACACUUUAGACCUUACAAGGUCAGGAGGUCACUACUGACACAGAAUGGAAUCUAUUCUCAGAUUAAAACCCAGGUCCGGCAAAAAGCUGCAGUGGACAGGAUUGCUGAUGGUCGAGUUUUCUCUCUUGACGCAAUACCCAACAGAUGACCUAAAGGCCUGUACUGUACAUACUCUCCUCCAGGGCUGCGAGAAAAGACUGACGUCAUUAUUUUUCCUUGCAGCUUGUUCUCGACACCUCACCUGGGCAGGACUUAUUUUCUUUUCUUGUGUGGCGUCCGACGACAGCUCUUGUGUGAGUCGUCGUAUGAAAUGUCUCGGCCAGGACGGCUAACUUUGUUCUCGUUCUUGCCGCCUCGAGAAAAAGAACAAACACUUUCUGUUCUUGCUGAGUAUGUACAGGCCUUGAGGCUGUCUUUCCAUCUCUGGGGGUUUCUCGCGAUUAAUGUCUGACUCUGUCCUGUUUUCAGUGUCUUUGGCGUAGUGGGGGUGGAGUGGCUCAGUGGUUAAAACCGGUACCCUGUAUGCAAAAUUCCAUUGUAAGUCGUUUUGGAUAAAAGCGUCUGUUAAAUGACAUGUAAUGUAAUGUAGUUUCAAUCAUCGACAGCCCAAAUGUGCUAUUAAGUUGUUGUUUCCUAAUCCUGGUCCUCUGCGACCUGCUACGCCUGAUUCAAAGGUGUGUUGGACCAAAACAUGCAAGUGGACAACACACUACUAUACAAAACAUUGUCAGCAGUAUAGUACAGUAUAGUAUGCCUAUGCUUCAGGCUUCUAAAUACAAAAUAAACUCUGUUGUCAGACAAAGUGCCAUAAUAAUUUGCUGUCAUAAUAAUGUGGCAUGUCAUACAGAAAUCUAUUGUCCGCUGCCUGCUGAUCUAAAGGUGUAUGCCAUAUCUGAUUUUAGUAUAAUUGACAGGCACACAUUAUAAACGUAUUUUAAUAAGCUUCACAACAAAAACAUACGCACCACCAGCUAUGCUGUAAAUAUCAUGUCAGUGUAAAUUUCCGUCCAUAAAAGGUUUUAUAUUAUAAUCUAAUGGCAAGUUUUGUUUAUCAGUGAUUCUGAGGCUCAUAAACCGCUCGCACCACAGCUGCGGCUGACUUGUGUGAUUGCAGCUGUAAGAGACAGCCCGAGUUGGCCAAAGGACACUUAAAAUCAAGUCCACAAUGAGUCCCAGGGAACAUUCGCAUGCACUCAGUGAGCACUUUACUCUGAAGAAUGCCAAACUAAUGCUUCUCAAGACAGACCCCGUUCUUACAGUGGCAAGUGCAACACAUUUAUGCCCCCCACUCCCCCACCCGCACCAGAUUUUCCUACCAGUUGAUCCAAAUCUCUUGGAGCUAUACAUGGAGGCAUGGUGCGAACUACGGGGGAGCCACGGGGGUCUCAGCCCCCCCUUAAUGAGACAUGAGCUCCCCUGGAAACAUGAUUUGUGAGAUUUGGGGAGGCUAUCUAAAAUAUUGGCAAAAUAUUGUUUUUUGAUUCAGAUUUGAUUCAGAUUUGAUGCGUGUGAGGAGGUUGGAUUUGAUAUGUGCUGACAAAUGUACGACUUUAUUCUUGAAGUCUGUGAAUUAUUAUUUUUUUUCUCAAUGUGGCCCAAAUACUCCGUCAUAUUUUUUCUAACCUAAUCGUCAGAGUAGGACACGGGAAAUUUACCAGUGAGCUGAAGAUGUUGGAAUACUGCAGGUCCAUUGUAAGGGGUCAGUUGUGGUCAAGUGUGUGGAUUUAAAGUGCACCGUUGGCAGGAGCUUUUCCUGUCACUAGUUUUAGCCUAAAAGAGGCUUGACAGACCCAUGUCACUGAAUGUAGAGCUAUUUAACAUGUAUCUUAUUUCACUACCUGCUGCUUUAAAUAUGAUUUUGUUAUUAUUAAUAACACAGUUGUAGGGAACAGAUCAUUGGCCUGUAGACUGUGUCAGGGACUGUGUAAUGAAGUGGGGACAGAGAGCCGAGCUAUCGUGACUUAAUCGAUUGUAUUUUUUUACCGCAGUAAAUGUUUGUAAAAGUUUGAGGUGUCACACGGGCGCCAUGUUCUUGUCCACAUGCGUUGUGUCGUGGACGUCUACUGUAACAUACUCAGCCUACAAAGGGGUGCCUUAUCAUUUUACCAAUGACGUACAUUUUUAAAUGUACACUGUGACAUGCAUUUUUGAUUAAACGUGGGUGUGAAGAGCCUUUACCAUCUUGUUGUACUGUGAUGUAAUUAUCUUUCUGGAUUUGUCACUUAACUUGACAGGUUUACAGAAUGUCAACAAUGUCAUAUUUAAUUGAUGUGCAUGAUGUGUGUAUGUUAGAGCCUUUUUAGGUGUAGUUUUUGCCUCAAAUCGAAGUUUUCAUGAUGUAGACAACACACAUACACGUCUACGUCUUUGAUUUCACAGCUGUGAUGAAACGCAGUAAUUGCUGUUUCAGAUUGGUGAGAGGUUUCUGAUUUGCUGCACAUGCCUUGUUUCAUAACAGGACAUUUUUGCUCCGUCUUUGUCUUCUUCAUCGCUUGAAACCUGUCCGUCACCUUGUAUGCCUCACAGUUUGUUUUACAGGGUACACUACUGUCACCUAGUGGACGGGAACAUGCA